AUGAAGUACCUCAACAUCCUUACGGCUUGCGCCGGACUAGCUAUAGCCGUGCCAACCCUCAACCCUCGACAAUCUGAGAUCGACGAGGCCGACAAAAUUUGCAAAUCCCGAGAAAUGGACGAGCACCAAUGUAACGAUUAUAAAUGGCUUUGCCAGGAGGAUGGCAAUAAGGACCCUCCUCAAUUGAACAAGUGUUUGAGAAAAAAAAGCAUCUUCUGUGUUGAUGAUCACCAAUGUGGUGAUGGAUGGACGUGCAUAAGAGCUAGGGCUCCUUAUGCACGCCUUUAUCCUGGUAAAUGCUACAGGAAAAAGGAACAGUCACAGGCUGUGAAGCGGGAGUCGGUUUCUGAUGCCGAUGAGGACCGGAUACAGGGUGGUCUGGUGCAAGAGUCGGCUUCUGAUGCCGAGGAGGACCAGACACAGGCUGGGGAGCAAGAGUCGGCUUCUCCACAAACUGAUGUCCAAGCCAAGCUCGACAAAAUUUGCGACACCCGUGGGAUAACUAAGGCCCAAUGUGACGUUUAUAAACUGCAUUGCCAGUAUAUAAGCCUCAUUAAGGAGCCUGAUAAAUUGAACUACUGCGUGAAAGUUCUCGGAACCGACUGUAAGGAUGAUGGCCAAUGUGGUCAAGGGUAUGAGUGCAGAAAAGAUCCUGAUAGACCCAAUGAUAGUACCUGCUAUCCAAAAAGGGAACAGUCACAGGCUGGGGAGCAGGAGUCGGCUUCUGCUGCUAAGGAGCCGACACAGGAUAACAAGCAGGAUUUAACUUCUCCUGCCAAGGGGCCGACACAGGAUAACAAGCAAGAUUCAACUUCUCCUGCCAAGAACCAGACACAGGCUAGGGAGCAAGAGUUAGCUUCUCAACUAGCUGAGAUCAACAAGAUCGCCAAAAGUUGCAAGAAACGAGGGCUCAGCAAGGCCCAAUGUCUCACUUAUAGAUCGUAUUGCACGGAGGGUAGGGGCAUUGUGGAGCUUGAUCAAUUGAAGCACUGCGUGGAAGUUCUUGGAAUCGACUGUAAGGAUGAUGACCAAUGUGGUCAUGGAUUUGAGUGCUACAAAGAGGAUGGGGUGUGCGAUACGAAACGGUCACAAGCUGGGGAGCAGGAGUCGGCUUCUCCUGCCAAGGAGCCAACACAGGAUACACCUACAAAUAUUACAACUCCUACCAAGGACCAGAUACAGGCUGGGGAGCAAGAGUCGGCUUCUGCUGCCAAGGAACCAACACAGGCUGAGGAGCAGGAGUCGGCUUCUCCUGAGAUCAACGAGACCGAUAAAAUUUGCAAAACUCGAGAGUUGGGUAAGUAUUCAUGUGCUCUUUCUCAGAAACAUUGCCGGGAAGCUGGCAAUAUGGAGCUUGAUGAAUUGAACAACUGCUUAAAAGUUGUAUUUAAAAUCUGUAAAAAUGAUGACGAAUGUGGUCAUGGAUUGCAGUGCUUUAACCCUACUCUUGAUCCCGGUAAUUCUAGUAUCUGCUUUAACAAAAAUAAACCGACAAAAUCUGGGAAGCAGGAGUCAGCUUCUGCUGCCAAGAAGCCGACACAGGAUACGACUAUAAAUAUCGCAACUCCUACCAAGGAGCCGACACAGGCUGGGGAGCAGGAGUCGGCUUCUUCGGAGCAGACGCAGGAUAAGAAGCAGGAUUCAACUUCUCCUGCCAAGGAGCCGACACAGGAUACAACUACAAAUGUCGCAACUCCUACCAAGGAGCCAACACAGAAUACGACUACAAAUGCCGCAACUCCUAGCCGUCCGUGUACCAAGAAGCCGAUCGAUUCGAGUGAGAAGAAUCCCGUUGUUGGGGCAAAGUCUACCGAGGCCUAG